UGUUUACGCCUUUUUUAUGUAGGGAAUUUGAAGGUUAUGUAACCUAACCUAUUUUUUUUUGAAAAAUGUUGCGAAAAGUGUUAAAGCCCACAACGUUGUGUGCUCUUUGGCCGCUUGAUUUUCUCAAUGACAAUGAUAAGUUGAGGCAAGACACUCCCACCGAGCAAAAAGUUGAUUUAUCAACUUUGCCGGAAGAGACAGGUUGGGACCGUCUGAAGCGGGUUUUUGAGGCCGAUGACUUUGGUGAGGUCAGCAAGGAAUUACUCACUGUUUUACACGUCGGGGGCAUGAGUUUGUUCGUGGGGGGCAUUUACGGGGGCGUUGUGCACAGUAGGGUGGCCUAUGUGAAUUUUAUGAAGAACAACCAAGCCACGGCUUUUACUGAUCAUCUCGAGGCCAAGAAAAAAUUGCAAGAUGCGGUUACGAAAAGUUUCGGGAAGGGGGCCUGGAUGUGGUCGUGGAGGCUUGCCUCGUUCACGAUGUCUUUUACGGCAAUUUCAACUGGAAUUUCUGUAUACCGGGGGAAAUCGGGAAUUCUGGAAUACGUUGUUGCGGGGUUAUUUAGUGGUACCUUGUAUAAGUGGAAUAUGGGUCCGAGGGGCUGGGUAGUCGGGGGCGGAUUAGGGGCAGUGUUGGGUUUAAUAGCAGGCGGUGCCACUUUAGGUUUGUUAAGUUUGACAGGGAUGUCGAUGGAUGAGGUCAGGUACUGGCAGUACCACUGGCAACGAGAGCGGCAAAACUACACAAAUAAGGGUAUAGCUGAGUACCUUGCCAAGGAAGAAGAUGAAGUUGUCCAGCACCACAAUAAGAGAGUCGGAAAUUCGGGAAAAACAUUAGAAAAUGUGGCCGAGUAAUUGUGAUAACUGUAUUCAUGUAACACGAAAGCGACUGAUAGUUAAUACUACUUAAUGAUUUAUACAAUGAGCUUCAAAUACAAAAAUAUUUGUUUGAAAAAGCUAGUUGAGCGCAUGUUAACCGAAUAAAUAAUUUAUAUAAAGCAUACAA